AUGAGACUGUUUUCCUUGACCCAUGUCUUGGGCUGCACAUGGAUCUGUGACUGGUUCAUGAAAGCUGAUAAGGACAAGGAUGGACGUAUGAAUUUCAAGGAGGUGCAGCACUUGCUCAGGAUGAUGAACGUGGCUAUGAAUGAAGACCAUGCCUUCCGGCUCUUCCAAGUAAAUUUGGGUGCUUUGGUGGGGAAGAUACGGUACUGGGUUGCAUAGGGAAAUCCCUGAGCUUGCUCUUCAAAAGACUACAGCACCUCAUUUCCACCCAUGAUACACUCUAGUGCACAUAUAUUCACUUCUGUUUUUCUUUGCUUACACGCUGUGCCCCCAAACCUGGCUAUUCUGUUGUCCAGUGUCAUUAUAUCUCUCCGUCAAAGCAUCAUCCACCUGGCUGUGGCUCCUUGCCCAUCUCUGUGUGUUGUCUGUUGUCUAGUCAAACUCAGUGAUAUAGUACAGAAAUCACUGCAGGUCACCUGCAGAGACAUCUUAUGGCAUCCUCAAGUAUCUCUACCAUGUUGAUCCCAGUGGGGGCUGACAAUAGACACUGGCAAGAGCAGUGGUGGAUCAUCCCAGAUCCAGAAGCUGCCCCCCAUCCUACCCACACUCUUCAUUUAAUCCCUGACCCUUUACUACUCCUGCCUCCAUCUAGUCAUUUUAUGGUAGUUUAAAGCUCCUUGGGCAAGGACCACAUGGCUAUGAUGUACUGUGCAUCAGCUAGGGCACAUUUAGUGCUGUAGCAGCAGCAGCAGCAGCAGCAGCAGCGGUGUAUCUCAAGAAUCCUCAUGAGUAAACCUCUGGUCCUGUAUGCUCUGUGUAGCCAAUGUGGUAUCCUCCAGAUGUUGCAGACUACAAACUCCCAUCACCAUCCUUCAACCACUGGCCAAGCUGACAGGUUGGAGUUGUAGUCCAAGCCAUCUAGACGGCCUCACACUGGCUGGCUCUGCCUCACCCCAUUGCUUUUAUCGCAAUGUUCUCCUUUCUGCACAAAGGACCCCCUUGGUCAGAGACCCUUCCAUUCCUUGCAGAUGGCCGACAAAUCAGAGACAGGUACACUGGAGGGGGAGGAGUUUGUGCUCUUCUACAAAGCACUGACUCAGCGGGACGAGGUGCUCGAGUUGUUCCAGGAGUACUCCGAGGAUGGCAAAAAGCUGACACUGUUGGAGUUUGUGGACUUCUUGCAACAGGAGCAGAUGGAGGGGGCUGGCAUUGAUGAGCUCGCCAUGGAAAUGAUUGACAGAUAUGAGCCGUCUGAGACAGGUUGGCGGGAUGGGGGUGGAGGAGGGGGGAGAGCUGGCGGGCCCACAACCUGGACAAGUGCCAGCACAGGUUGGCCCUCAAAUAGUGCCAAAUCCUCUCUCAGAAUAGGAGCUCCCAGGCAUUGAGGGGGAGAGGGUAUCUGUGUGUCUCUCUUGUCCCACUAGAUCUCCACAAAGCACUUAUCACCACCUGUAUCAGUUUCAUGACACCUAUUGCCAUAGAAACUGAUGCUUUCCCCCAGCACUCCAAAGGCUCCUCUUUCACGGGCUUUGUCCAGUUCAGUGUCUUUUGUUUUUUUCAGAGGCUAAUUCCUCCUCAGUAUUGUUCUCCAACUGGCUCUCUCUUCCCACAGCCAAGGCUCGCCACAUCCUGAGCAUUGAUGGGUUCCUCAUGUAUCUCUGCUCACCCGAUGGCUCCAUCUUCAACCCUGAGCACAGGACGGUCUUUCAGGAUAUGUCUCAGCCCCUCUGCCAUUACUUUAUCUCCUCCUCCCACAACACAUACCUGAUGGAGGACCAGCUGAGAGGACAAAGCAGCGUGGAGGGAUAUAUCAGGUGAUCGCAAUCGAAAGGCAGUUGACUCACUUCCAUAACAAAGCCACUCACAAGAUACCUUUCACAAUUAUGACCUCUGUAAGAUGUGCUCUUUACGCAAAGCUUGGUGACCAAACCACUUGAUAUAGAGCAAACUCAAAUACAAGUUAAGCAAACUCAAAUACAUGAAAAGCCUACGAGAAAUCUGCAUCUCAAGGCCUGGUCCCCAGAUCUCCUCAGCUUUUUAUAAAACAUUGACUGGAAUUGCUUCACACACUGGUGAACCUCAUGCAUAGAUCUGUCAAUUUCUCCCAAUUCCUCUUUUUUAUGUUCAGUUCCAGAUCAUAUUUCCACAUCAGUUUGCAUUUGUUUGUUUUUUAAGUGUCUUCAUGAAAAUCUAUCAGCAUUUUAGUGAUGAUUUCUUCCAAUAUACAUUUUGUAUACAAUUUUGCCUAAUCUAACUUUUUGCAAAGCAACUUUCCUUACUAUAAUGCAUCUUGGUGUGCUAUUUUCAUGAACAUAUGCGUUUUUAUGCUUACUUUACAUUUUUGUACACAUUACAUGGUUGGAGAACUGCACUGCAAAAUUCAGAGAUAUGUGAAUUUCAAAGAAGCACUAUGUUUCAGUUUGUGUAUUGUUUUGAAAAGUGUGAAUUAUGGGCUCACAAAAAGGUACCCACAUUUUCAUGUUAUCCACAAUGUUAGAGUGAAGACGGAUGUAAUGUGUACAGAGUGGAGGGGCUGAGCUGGAAAUGCUACGUAUUAUUUCCUCUGAAAAAUGGUUCCGCAAGUUUCAAGUAGAAUAUAGUGCUGACUGGCUUCUGCACCCAUUGCUGUAAUGUUGCCAAGACCCUUCAAUCCCUGGAGCAGUUUUGUAGUUUCAGAAGUCCCCAUUUUGAAAUAAUAAGGUGAUUAAUAAAUGGAUAAAAUGCAUGAAAAUUCAUGCAGCACUUAAAAAAACAAACACUACCCCAGCUGAACCCUGGCGAGAAGGGAAAACUAGUAGGUGGCCCAGCAUUUGAUAUUCUUUGAUUUGCUGGUGUGUGCACCUGUCAUUUCAGUGAUGAAGUUGGAAGGAAGCUGGGAUCUCACCCUGUAUCUCAGGGACCCACUCAAACCUCUCCUUUUAUAUUACCUCAGUCUUCACCCCCUCCAGUUUAAUAUUCAAGCACUGAGCUUGAAUGCCCCCAAAGUGGGGAAAUGCCUGGUGCAACCAUUGCUGGUUUCAGGCAAUCACAGGCAAAGUAUGACGUGAGAGCCUUUUUGCCUCAAAGGAUUCGGCAUUGUAAAAAGUGAUUCCCCCACCCCCAUGUUUCAAGCUAGCAGGAAAGGGUGCUGCUCACAAACCGAGAGGCUAGGAAGGGCUCGUGAAUUGCCUUCUUUUCCUCUGCAGGGCUCUGAAGCGGGGCUGCCGAUGCCUAGAGGUGGACUGCUGGGAUGGACCUAAUGGGGAGCCCAUUGUCUACCACGGCCAUACCUUCACCUCUAAGAUCCCCUUCCGGGAAGUUGUGACAACCCUCGAUAAAUAUGCCUUCCGGGUAGGUUGGACUUUUCUGACACAAGGGAUGGGGUCAGUAGGGUGGAAUUGUGAAGGCUGCUGAUUAGUUAUCCAGCCAAAUUCAAGGUGUUGCUUUUGAUUCAAUUCCCCCAUCCUCCAGACAGAACAUCAAAGUUGUGAGAGCCUAAUUUUAGUUCCAGUUGUCUCCAAACCCCUCCCUUUUUUAGAUUUAAAUAGGGCACACCAUCUUUCCUACUUGUGGUUUCAAAUGUCUGUGGUUCCAUAGUUUUGCCACAUCCUAGCAGUGGCUUCAUUUCCCUCUAUCCUACUUGUCUGGUCUCCAGGAAUCCUGAGUUAAAGGUGGCUCGCUAUCCCUCAAACCGUUCCAUUCCCCUCAUUAUGUCAUCAGACUCCACCUUCAACCUCCCACACUUUAGGGCUAUUACUGCCUCUAACUUCUUAUGUCUCCAUUCUCCCAGGUUUCUAAAUACCCCAUUAUCCUGUCUCUUGAGAACCACUGCAGCAUAGAGCAGCAGGACAUCAUGGCCCAGCAGCUGAAGGGGAUUCUGGGAGAGCAGCUCCUCACCACCACCAUAGAUGGUGGUGUCCCAGUGCAGUUGCCUUCACCAGAGGUGGGGACAUGGUGUUGUCAAUUGUCUUUCCUUAACCUGGGCUUACAGAGCUUGAUUGCAAUCCUAGGACUGUUAUGUUAACACUCAGGUGACCCAAAUUCUUUUAUGUAUUAGUCUGAAGUAUUAAAAUGAUGGCCAUAGGAAGGGGAGGAACCAGAAGUGAGGGGUGAAGGUUAAGGCAGAUGAAGGGACUGGAGGUGGUUCCAAAGUAGCUAUUGUGGGAAUUAAAGCAUUUUUUGUCAGAACCACUAAGGGGAACUUCAAGAAGAGAAUUAAAGGCAGAAAGGAGCACUGGAGGAGCAGAGGUAUUGGAGAGAGAAGUAUUGGAACACUUUGUUAAAAUCAUGGUGAAAGAUUGAGUAAAAUGGCAUCAGGGGACCUUUAACUGAGCAGGAUGUUUGCUGUGAGAAUAUUUAAGAGGCUGUCAUACUUGUGGAGAAAGGCAGAGUUUUACAGGACAGCCUGGCUCAGCUGGUGUUGCUAGAGGCCCUUCCCCAUCGCCUGAACUCAAAGCACCACCAUGUCUGCCCUGAUAUGACCCACCCUGUGUCCUCAUGCAGGAACUGAAGGGCAAGAUCAUCCUGAAAGGGAAGAAGAUUGGACACCUGGAGGAUUAUUUGAAUGGGCAUCUGAAUGAGCCGCCUGAGCGGGAAGAGGAGGAGGAGGAGGAAGAGGGACCAGAGGCAGAGGAAGAAGUCCUACGCAAUGAAGACAAGAAGAAAGAGAAGGUACAUGGAAACCCUGGUUAGUUGGCUCUUUAGAGGUAGUGGCAGCUAUGUUUUGAGGAUCCAUCCUGGAGUUGCCUGCACAAAGUUCACAUAGCAGUUAAGGUACGUCCAGUCUUUAUGAGCAUUCAUUAUAAUGUGUUUGUGGGGAGGUUAUGCAACAAUUUGCCAGCCAAGUGUUGAUACAUCUUCCCAUUAAUCGUUUGCUCAUCCCUCAAUUUCAAAGCAUUUCCCCAUCAUUUCCCCAACUGCUAAAAGUCCGGGGUUUGUUUGCUUUAAAAAAUUGUUGCACUAGUGUGGUAGAGCAAUAUGCACUUGAACCUCACCUGCCAGAUACCGACAUGUGGGAGGUACCUGCCCUCAAAAGCAGGAGUGACUGAUGACAAUACACACAUACAGGUUAGUUUUUGAUAGAAUAUGAGCUACAUUGAUUCUACUGGGAAACCCGGAAACCCUGAUGUGGAGAGAAAGCAAACUUUCUUACACUGCCUUUGAAUCAUUUGGAGUUGGUGGCUCUUUCUCAGGAGCAAAAGGGGGCUCCUCUUCUAUUGCAGGAAUAUGUGAAGCUGCCUUUUUAUGUGAGUCAAACCACUGGUCUGUUGGGUUCUCUGACUAGCAGCUCUCUCCAAGCUCCCAGGCAGGGUUUUAAAUUAGUCUUUUUAAAAAUUGGAAAUGCCAGGGAUGCAAAGCCCAUAGGCUCCCUGCUGAGGUAUGACUCCUAACAAAAGACAGGUAAAGUUCCCGGGGCCAAAACUCUACCUGCCCCUCACCAGUUAAAGGGAAAAGGAGCCUUCCCCCCACAAAGCCUAAUAUUUUGAUUCUAUUUUUAGCAGGUGUGGGACUCAAUCUUACUCCCGUGUCUGCAGUACACAUGGUCAUCAUUUACAAGUUGGUCUCACGUUCUUUGCAGAAGGCCAAACAGUCCCUCUCCCAGGAGCUUUCUGACUGCAUUGUCUACUGCAAGAGCGUGCCCUUUCACAGCUUCCAGCACUCCCGCAGCCACUACAAGUCUUAUGAGAUGUCCUCCUUUGCUGAAUCCAAGGCCCGCAAGCUCAUCCGAGAGGCUGGUGAGAAACCGGGGAUGGAGGCAGCCAGCAGGCAAGACAUUAGGAACGUGCAUUGACGGGCCUCUGACUCCUCUGACUCCUCCCCAACAUACACUAAGAUGUUAAUGAUUUGCCCCAUAUUGCCAAGCAGUCAGAAAGUCAGAGGCAGCCCUCCCUGAUUCAGUUUCCUUUGGGUCAGAGAACAUACCAGCACAGCAUAGCGGAAGCAAACAACCUCUUGUAAGCAGGCAGCAAAGCCGCUCUAAUUCUGCAUCAAAUUCCCAGAAAGCAGUUUGUGAAGACCUACACACGCAUUGGGGUGGGGUGUGCACCCUAAUUCCAACUAACCAGCUAGAAAUUCCACGUUCUCUGUCUACAUUUUAGGUAAACUGGAUGCAAACUGUUUCUCUGACACACACACCCCACUUAGUUGCAGAGGGUCACAUUCUCCAAGCACUAAUAACUGGAGAGGGGGUUCCCCAAAUACCAGAUUUCUAAACUUUUGGUGUGCUAACUACCUCCUGCAGGAAAUGACUUCAUCCGCCAUAAUGCCUGGCAGCUGACACGCAUCUUCCCCAGCGGUCUGCGGACGGACUCCUCCAAUUACAACCCCCAGGCGAUGUGGAAUGUGGGGUGCCAGCUGGGUAUGCCAGCCCCAGAAGGAUUUAAGGGGUGGGUGGGUGAGGAAGUCACCCUUGUGUGUGUGUUUUUCAGAGCUGCAGCUCCCAGAGUGGUCUAACCAUCAGACCCUCUUCCCCAGGAACUUUGGGGAUUGUGAGGGGAAUAGAUUCUCCUGGCAUCUCUUGGCACCUUGAACAGACUGCAGGAUUGUGUGUGUAGGAAGCCAGGACUAAAGUGGCGCGAUACUGCUUUAAGUGCAGAUGGGGCUUUAGAUGGCUUUUAAAAGGGAGAUUAGACAAACUGCUGGGGGAUAAGGCUAUUGAUGGCUAUGAGUCAUAAUGUCUGACUGCUACCUGAGAAUCAGCAGCAGAUUUCCUCUGACUAGCAGUCACUGGGGAAUGAGAGGGAGACGCAGACACAGACACAGAGAGACAGAGAGCGCACACUUGCACAUCUUAUUGACCAUUGUGGGAAACAGGAGGCUGACUAAACAGGCCUUUAGUUUGAGCCAGCAGGGCUCUAUUUAUCCACUUAUUCCCACAAAUGCUGCCUCCCCUUCAUUUGCCUAGCCUCAGAAUCCUGCUUCCUGGGAGGGGGACAAGUUGUCAUAUGCCAGGGAGUACCGUAUUUUUGGCAAGAUGGCAAUCUAGGGAAGGGUUAACCACUCCUACUACACUGAUCCUCUCCUGGAAAUCCCCUCCUGCAUUUGUGUCUCAGCGAACUUUGCUGAAGUAGCAAGCUGUUCCACCCUUGGAUAUUGUAAGUAAACCUGAUCCCAGCAUCUGAAGGCACAUAAGGUUACGACACUGCAGGUCUGGGGGUGACUGUCUGGGAGCCAUAUGUAUGCCACACUGGGUUAUAUGAUGGCAGAAAGGCAAGAUGUAAAAUAAAUAUGCAGUGUGCUUCAGAGUGUUCAAAGUGGUGCUUUAUAUAAAUAGUUGUUAUUUGUUCUGCUAUUGCCAAGCCUUAGCGGUCAAAACUGGGCUUUACAGCAUGGCUGUUCUUAUAUGGGGGAAGGGUUUUUCCCCAACUCUUCUGAAUGUUGGCUUCCUCAGCUUUCUUCAAGCUUGCAAAUGCAGAUUUGAAAGGCAGGAACUGAGGGAAGAUAGAGAUCCAGAAAUGGGAUAAGCAGCAGCCAGUGAAAGUGGGUGUAGGGAGGGAAACACUAAGACAAUGAUAUGUCAUGUGUUUUAUCCCCAUUAUUAGGGAGAUGUGGGUUGAUGGCCCUCUCUCCACAAUGUGCAGUUUGGGCUUUAAUUUGUAUUUCUAAGAUGCCUUGCAUGGAAGAAGCUAGCAAGAGCUAGAAGACUGCUCUCUCAUUUGCCUCCAAUUGCUGCUGGUCUGAAAGAUUCCUGUCUCCUCCUCCUCCUCCUCCUCCUCUUCCUCCUCCUCCUCCUCCUCCUCCUCCUCCUCCUCUCAGUGGCCUUGAAUUUUCAAACGGCUGGUACAGAGAUGGACUUGUGCGAUGGGCUCUUCAGUAAAAAUGGCCGCUGUGGCUACGUGUUAAAGCCGAGCUUCAUGAAAGACCCAGAGACAGCCUUCAGUCCUGAGAACCCCCAAAGCAGGGAGAAUGGUAGCCCCCUGAGCAUAGCCAUUAAGGUACUGUGUGAGUUUGUUGCCCAUACCUUAACCUAACAGGGCUCUUGGGAUUUUAGAGAAUAACUUAUUGGAAUAAGAAGCUUCCAGAUGUCCAUGAGAGAAUGUGGCCCCCAUCUUGGAAAAUUUCUGUCCGACCUAGAGAGAGGCUUUAUCUACCCUGCUAUCUUUUAAUAGCUACUCAGUGCUACUAUCCUACUGCAGAUGUGGGGAAUAUUUGACUCUCAUGUUGCUGAACUAACAUGGCCACUGGCCAUGCUUCUUGGGGUUGAUGAGAGUUGUAGGUCAGCCAUAUCUGGAGGGCCAAAGUUUUCCCAUACCUGGUUGAGUCAAAAAUAAACUUCUGUUGGGAAAGCUGAGUUUGGGAUAAAGUGGUACAUCAGUUUUCGAACUUGACGAACGUUUUGGUUUUCAAACGCUGUAAACCCGGAAGUAAAUGCUUCGGUUUUUGAGCACUUUUUGGAAGUUGAACAUGCCACACAGCUUCCGUUUUGAGUUUUCCCAAUUGAGUUUUCCAUUUUGAGGCUUCCGUUUUGAGUUUCCGGUCUUUGAAUGUUUUGGAACUCGAACGGUCUUCCGGAGCAGAUUACAUUCGAAAACCAAUGUACCACUGUAUCAAGCAGGCAGGGUGUUGUUCCAAAUCCUUUGUAUGCCAUAGUGACCAACUUCCUUUGUCACUGUUUUGAGCUGCGUGAGUUGCAGGGUGCAGCUGCUGACACAUUGCUGUUUGCACAUAUGGACUUGACUGCUCUUCUAUGCUCACCAUAAUCUUCUCUUCCAGAUCAUUAGUGGGCAGCAACUCCCCAAGAUGCCCAACAGCAAAGAAGGCUCCAUCAUCGAUCCACUAGUGCGGGUGGAAAUUCAUGGGAUCCCUGCUGAUAGUGCCAAGCAGGAGACCAAAUAUAUUGAUGAUAACGGUGAGGCAAUUCUCUUGGUCAUUGUAAAGAACUGCUGAGAUGGGGUUUUAUGUGGACCUCAUGCAUGUGUCAACACGGAUGCCCCUCAUUCUUAAUUACUUAAGGAUGAAUGAAUGAAUAUCCUGGUGUUAUCUGCACCAAAGGAACUCAGAUUCUACAUUUUUAAAAACCCAAAUUCUUCCAUGGGAAUGAAUGUCCUUAAAAUGCUAGGCAUGUCAGGCAUGAUUUUAAAUUGUGAUUUUUUGAUUUUGGGAAGAGCUGGGGUGGUGAAGUACAAGGAAGCAGCAGAGGUGGAAACAGAUAACAGGGGAAGGAUUUAUUAGGGGGACAUGGAGCCCCAAAGCAGCAAAUAACUCAUGUGUAGGGCAUAUGAGCCACCUUUGGAAGCCUUGGGUUUCCAUGUCUGUGGCCUACCACACUGGGCACAAUCCAGCAAAUGUUAGUUGUAUGACUAAGCCUCUUUGAAAACAGUGGAUUGGUAUGUGCUAAUGUUCUUAUGCUGUUCUUAUGUAUUGUAUUUAUUAUUUUAGCCAAUUUGAAAUAUCUUACCUAAAGAGCAGCCCAUAAAUACAUUAAAAUAAAACAAAUAAAAUGAGUUGCAGCCGAUUUGUCCCAUUGACGUAAGUGAAGCUUCACCUUAUGACUAACAUGUGUCCAUUCUCCAUUACAUUUUCAUAUUUUCCUCUGCACCCUGGCAGGCUAGAAAUUUGCAUAGUCGUUUUGAAAAGGAAGUUGAACUUUGCAAAAAGGUAAAUUCUCCACCAAGGUCCCACAAUAGUAUAUGCAUAACUUCUUCCAUCUUCUUUGGCGACCACUCGUAGCUGAGUAAGAUUGUCUUCCAUAAACAUAGUUUUAACAAUGAGUCCAUAAGUGACUGUGGAGACCAAUUCUGGAUCCACAUGUCCUUCCACAGUGGGGACAUUGGUUUCCCACUUAAAGGCAUCUUCUCUCUUUUUUCCUGGGGCAUUGAAAACGCUAAAAGCCCAGAUGGACCAUUCAGAGUGGUAGAAAAGUGAUGCAAAGAGGGCAGGUGUUUUUGAGGUUAGACAAUAAACUGACCAGAGCAGUUUAGGAAUCUCAGAAGCAGCAAUGCAGAAGGAAGUUGUGUGAGAUUUUAUGGAGGUGAAGAUGGAGAGAGGCUGGGACACACAUACAGAUCACGUGAUGUGGCAACACCCUCUUUUCGCUUUAAUAUCCCUGGAUAGGUUUUAACCCACAAUGGAAUGAGGCCUUUCAGUUCCAGGUUUGGGUACCAGAGCUGGCACUUCUGCGCUUUGUGGUGGAGGAUUAUGACAAGGCAUCUCGGAAUGACUUUGUGGGACAGUACACUCUACCUCUUACUAGUGUCAAAGCAGGUGAGCAUCUCCCUCUUAGCCCUGUGGGGUAUGAAUAUCUUGUGCCAGUUUGCUACCAAGAUCAGGAGACGAAUGCAUCCCUGGCAGGUCAGUCAAGGUUAGCCAGAGACUGUUAUUUGUGUACAUAAGGAAGGCAGACUAAGUUACCCCCUUCAACAGAGACUGUAACAACUCAGUAAAUCAGCACAUGGAUAUUAUGACCACAGCACAACACAAAAGUACAUAGGAUGAGAUCCAGACUCUGGGCUCAUCCACACCUCUGUUUGCCCUGCCACUUUCCCCUGGAGAAACCUGUGGUUUACUGCUAAAUGGAACCAAACAGUAAUCAGGUUUUCGUUGAAUUGCCAUUUGUCCCAAUUCAGCAGUAAAGAGCAGGUUUUCCAGGGGAAAGCAGUGGGGCAAAGGAAUAGCUGCUUGGACCCAUUUUCCAGGCACAAGACAAGUGGAAGUGUGGAGGAGCCCUUAAUGACUACCAGGGCCCUUCUAACCAUGUCUUCUCAGAAGUAAAUCCCACUGAGUUCAGUGAGGCUUACCCAGGUAAGUGGAAUUAGGAGUGCAUUGUAAGUCUGGAUUCAAUCAAUCAGUUUGAUUGAGAUGCAGUUAAAGCUGCUGCCCUUUUAAACCUAUACAGCUGCUCCCUGAAUUCUUUUUUUUUUUUUUUACUUUUAAUCCUAAAGCAGGCCUGACGUUUAUCACAACCCACAAAUUAACUCUCCCCCAUGAGAAGUACAACUCACUUUGCAGGAUGGCGGGGAGGGGGACAACUAUGUAUGAUUCCAUCCUCAGAAUCAAUGGAUUUGCUUUCUUAGUAUUUGGAUUACUUAUUACCAUACUUGUAGCUGCUCCUAGAUCACACUGCAGAGUUUUGCAUUCCCAUCCUGUGUACAUACUUUUAUUUUUAUUUUUUGUAGGGGGAGGGAGGGAGCUCAUGUUGCCUCCAUCUAGUGGAGAAGAGAAAUACUGUGCCCUGUAUUGGUGCUAGAAUGCACACUUCUACAGGCUGCAGCUGGGAUCAACCGAAUAAAUGGUGCUAGAAUACACACUUCUACAGGCUGUAGCUGGGAUCAACCGCGGCAGCUAAAAAAGCCAAUGCAAUUCUGGGCUGCAUCAAUAGGAGUACAGCAUCUAGAUCAAGGGAAGUAAUAGUGCCACUGUAUUCUGCUCUGGUCAGACCUCACCUGGAGUACUGUGUCCAGUUCUGGGCACCACAGUUAAAGAAGGACACUGACAAACUGGAACGUGUCCAGAGGAGGGCAACCAAAAUGGCCAAAGGCCUGGAAACGAUGCCUUAUGAGGAACAGCUAAGGGAGCUGGGCCUGUUUAGCCUGGAGAAGAGGAGGUUAAGGGGUGAUAUGAUAGCCAUGUUCAAAUAUAUAAAAGGAUGUCACAUAGAGGAGGGAGAAAGGUUGUUUUCUGCUGCUCUAGAGAAGCGGACACGGAGCAAUGGAUCCAAACUACAAGAAAGAAGAUUCCACCUAAACAUUAGGAAGAACUUCCUGACAGUAAGAGCUGUUCGACAGUGGAAUUUGCUGCCAAGGAGUGUGGUGGAGUCUCCUUCUUUGGAGGUCUUUAAGCAGAGGCUUGACAACCAUAUGUCAGGAGUGCUCUGAUGGUGUUUCCUGAUUGGCAGGGGGUUGGACUCGAUGGCCCUUGUGGUCUCUUCCAACUCUAUGAUUCUAUGAUUCUAUGAAAUGCAUCUGCUGCAGGACAAGCAGAAUAUAUAAAACAUCAAAUCUACUCAAAGGAAUGAGAGAAACCCAGAAUUUGUAACCAUUCAGAGGAAAUUCGAGAGACAGCCAGGAAAAGCUGACUCUAGAGACAAAUGUGCUCUCUGCCCAUGGGUGUAGCCAGGAGCCUCAAUCAACUAAGUACUUUCAAUGCUUUUCAAUAUUUUUUUGUGGAUUGGGGGGCAGUGGCUGCCCCCCCCCCGAUCCCCCCUUGGCUACGCCCAUAUCCCUGCCUGUAUCAUUAUCUAGAACUCAGCAGGAGAGCACAGGCUAUGCAUGCAGAUGAGCACUGGUUUGUGUGUUUUUUUAGGAUCCCACCAGGGCUCUGCUGGUUAUAGUAGGCAGAGUUGGGCUGGAUGGACCAGUAGUUUAACUCAGGGAUAGCAAGCAUGGGACUCUACAGGUGUUGUUGAAGUACAGCUCCCACAAUCCCUGGCCAUUGGCCAUGCUGGCUGGGGCUAAUGGCAGCUUGAGCCCAAGAACAUGGUUGGUUACCCUUGGCCUAACUCAACACAAGGCAGCUUCAAACACUGUGCGUGGCUCUUUUGUUUUUGUCUCCCAUGCAGGAUACCGCCACAUCCACCUUCUUUCCAAGGAUGGGACAGGGAUCCCACCAGCCUCCCUAUUUGUCCAUAUCCGAAUCAGGGAGUUGUCAACAGAGAGUGACUAA